AUGACCAUUUCAGGAACGGAUAGUAUCGUGAGAGGUGAGAUGCCUCAGAAACCUCAACGAGUGCAAUCGGAAGGCGCCAAAGUUCAACGAGGAUUCACUGUUGCAUCUGCUGGUGUUGCAUCGAUUCCAUCACGUUAUCUAACAAUUGUUAGUAAAAAUAAUGAGAGAAAAGGCUUUUACCAGACUGCUAAGCGUUUUCAAUACGAAACGAGCUUCACACCGGGUCCUGGCCAAUAUCAAACUGUACAGGCGAUCGAUAAACAAUUGGAGAAAACGUCCGAUUCAAAAAAAGGCUCCGGCGGUUUCGCUUCGAAAAGUAGACGAGAGGGUUUUACAAAUGGUGUGUCAAGCGCUCCAGCGCCUACAACCUAUAAUAUUUCAUCCAGAUUCGGCAAUAAUUACCAUGAUUUCAAUCGAGCAAAAUAUUCCAGUAUGUUUCAAAAGCCCAUUGCCGAACGGCCACUCUCAUCAAAAACAUCACUUCCUGCACCGAAUCAAUAUGAUGUUACACGAGGUUUAAAGCGAACGGGAAAAGCAAACAACGUUGCAGCAAGAGCAGCUUUCCUUUCACAUACAAGACGAUCCGCUCAAACAAACAACCACUUUAUUUCACCAGCUCCUGAUGCAUACAAUGUCGACGAUACAGCUACACGAACAUUACGACCUAUCCAUCAAUCCAGCUUUAAAUCAACUUCAAAACGAGAUGCAUUCGGAUCACAAUCCGGACCUGAAUUGCCAGGACCAGCUGAUUACCGACCAUUUCAGAAGCCGACUGAAGAACCAAACCGACAAAUCUUUCCACGCCAUCCGUAUUUAACCAUUUCAGCGCCAGCCAUUCCACCGGCACCUGAAGCACCAUUCCCUGGUCCGGGCGCUUAUGAAGUUUGUGGUUUUAAAGAAGUCGAAAAGAAAUAUAUGUCCUCAGCAGCCUUUGUCUCUAACACCAGUCGAUGGGCCAUUGAUACCACUACAGCUGCUGAACAGCCUGGUCCUGCUUCAUACACACCACGUACAGCGGUAAAACAAUCAUUCAAUUUCAAUUUUGAGAAAAAAUGGAUCUGA